UCGGAGUGCUUUCCUGCUCUUCCAAUUCUCUCUCUCUCUCUCUCUCUCUCUGCUCAAUCUUGCGGUCGGAACUCUCAACCGGCGUUCAGAGGACCUGUUUCUCGAUCAUCGGGAGAGAGAUGGGUGGCAGUUUGGUGGUAGUUGAGGACGGGUUCCCACCAGAGCACCUCUUGAAUCAGGGUACUUCAUAUACCUAUGACGACAUCAUAUUCCUUCCUGGUUACAUUGAUUUUCCAGCAGAGUCUGUUGAUCUCACCACCAACCUGACCAGAAACAUCACCCUUGCCACCCCUUGUGUCUCUUCCCCUAUGGACACUGUCACAGAGUCGUCAAUGGCUGCUGCCAUGGCUGCACUAGGUGGCAUGGGCAUCAUUCACUACAAUAACCUCCCCACUGAGCAAGCCACCCUUGUCUCCCAUGCCAAAUCUCUCCGUUUCGGGUUUGUUUCUGACCCUCUUUGCCUCUCCCCCUCGGAGACAGUCAGUGAUGCCUCUGCUGCCCUUGCCUCGUCCUCCUCUUCCUCCUGCAUUCUUGUGACCAAGUCUGGCACUACCAAAUCCAAGCUCAUGGGGAUUGUCACAGAGAGGGAUCUCUUUGCCGCACCUCAUAGGGAAACUCGUCUCAGCGAUAUCAUGACCCGAGAUCCUAUCUCCAUUCCUGCUGAAACCAGCUUCGAGCAAGCAGCUAUCUCCUUAAUUGCUAAGAAGUUGAAGUACCUACCUUUGUUAUCAGAGGAUGGAUUGGUUGUGGAAUUGCUGAGCAGGGAUAGUGUGAAGAGGAGGAGGGAGUUGCCAGUUUCUGUUGCACGCCCAUCCAUUGGAGCAGAUGGGAAAUUCCUGGUAGGGGCGGCAAUUGGGACUAGAGAAAGUGAUAAGGAGAGGCUGGAGCACCUUGUCAAAGCUGGCAUUAAUGUCAUCGUGUUGGACAGCUCCCAGGGAGAUUCGCUCUACCAAAAGGAGAUGAUACAAUAUGUCAAGAGGACGUAUCCAGAGCUUGAUGUGAUCGCAGGAAAUGUUGUAACAUCUUACCAGGCACAAAAUUUGAUAAAUGCUGGGGCUGAUGCAUUAAGAGUCGGUAUGGGAUCUGGGUCAAUUUGUACAACCCAAGAAGUUUGUGCUGUUGGAAGAGCUCAGGCAACUGCAGUUUAUAAGGUUGCGAGCAUUGCUAGUCAAAGUGGUGUGCCUAUUAUUGCUGAUGGAGGUAUCCAAAACUCAGGGCAUAUUGUCAAAGCCUUGUCAUUGGGAGCAUCCACUGUGAUGAUGGGGAGCUUCUUUGCUGGCACUGAGGAGGCUGCUGGAGGCUAUUUCUAUAAGGAUGGUCAUCGGUUGAAAAAGUAUCGUGGUAUGGGCUCUCUUGAUGCUAUGAUAAAAGGGAGUGAUACUCGAUAUCUGGGUGACAAAUCAAAGCUUAAGAUUGCUCAAGGAGUAUCUGCAGCUGUGCCUGACAAAGGUUCUGUUUUCAGAUUAAUUCCUUACACAAUGCAGGCUGUUAGACAAGGUUUUCAAGAUCUUGGUAUCUCCAGUUUGCAGUCUGCUCACAAGUUAUGCAGAUCAGGGGGGCUUAGACUAGAGGUAAGGACAGGAGCUGCACAAGUUGAAGGUGGGGUGCAUGACUUGGCUAUGUAUGAAAAGAAGGCUUUCUGAAGUGGUGUUUUAAUGGUUUACACGUAUUUAAGGAAACUAUUAGUCUCACAUGGCAUCAGUGUCUACUAUUAGCAUUUCCUGGUGCAUGUUUCCAGAACCUGUUGUAUUCAUCGCCAAAGAACUUGCUUGAGAUUAGUAAUGUAUAAUUUUAGACUUCUGAAGGGGCGGGUUCCAUUCUUUGGUGUCAGUAUGUUGGCUGGUUCUCCAUUGAUGCAACAUGUAGGUUUGACAUUCUGAAUUUCUGAUGUAAAAAGAGGUACUUUGAUCGUCUCUUGUUUUAA